AUGGCGACGGUAGUUCUAGGCGCGCAAUGGGGUGAUGAGGGAAAGGGCAAGCUAGUGGAUAUCCUAUGCCCUCAGCAAAAAUUAGUCUGUCGAGCACAGGGAGGUAAUAACGCAGGACAUACAAUUGUUGCGAAUGGCAUUACUCUAUUAACAGCCGCCUCAGACAUACUACCCAGUGGUCUCCUGAAUCCUGGCGCCCAAAACUUAAUAGGGUCUGGUUGCGUCAUACACAUACCUGGACUCCUCAAGGAACUGUCCGACCUUGAAUCUAAAAACCUACCAGAUGUAAGAAAUAGGCUAUUCAUCAGCGAUAGAGCUCACGUGGUGCUCGAUCUCCAUCAGAAGCUAGACGGUCUAGAGGAAGCCGAGCUAGGUGGCUGCAAAAUAGGAACUACAGGCAAAGGUAUUGGACCGUGUUACAGUACGAAAGCAUCUCGGAGCGGCAUUCGAGUUGCAGAUAUUUUUCAGAAACAAAUCUUUGAGAAAAAAGUGCGCAUACUCGCCGCCGGCUUUAAGAAGAGAUUCGGAGACUUGUUGCAAUACGACCCUGAAGAGGAAAUCGCUCGAUUCGAGAACUACCGCACCAUUUUAGCACCAUUGGUUAUUGACCAGGUCCCACUUCUCGUGAGCGCACAACAAAAAAAGACUCCUAUGCUAAUUGAAGGAGCUAAUGCUCUAAUGCUUGACCUUGAUGCUGGAACGUACCCAUACGUUACGUCUAGUAACACUGGCCUAGGAGGAGUGUUCACUGGGCUUGGUGGAUUAAGCCCAAAAAGUAUUGGAUCAAUUCUAGGGGUCGUGAAAGCGUAUACGACAAGAGUAGGGGCUGGCCCCUUUCCUAGCGAGCUCAAUGACGAGCUAGGCGCUAGACUUCAGUCAGUGGGAAGAGAAUUCGGUGUAACGACUGGACGUCCCAGGCGAUGUGGAUGGCUUGAUUUGAAGCUUCUUAAAUAUAGUGCUGCUAUUAAUUCAUACACGGCCAUCAAUUUCACUAAGUUAGACGUCCUAGAUGACUUUGACGAAAUCAAGAUAGCAGUAGCCUAUCGACAUCCCGGACAGUUAGUUCCUAUUGAAGGCUUUCCUGCUGACCUUGAGACGCUUGCCGAAGUUGAAGUGGAAUACGUCAUACUCAGGGGUUGGAAAGAACCAAUAAGCCACUGUAAACAGUAUUCUGAACUCCCUAUUGCUUGCCGUGAGUAUGUUGAAUAUGUUGAAAAAUUCCUCGGAAUUCCCAUCACAUACAUCGGUGUGGGACCGAAGCGGGAAGAAAUGAUUGUGAGAUAA